GAGAGGGAGAAGAAGGAGAACGAGAUGAAGAAGAAAUUCAAAAUCACGGGACAGGAGGAUGCUAUGUACCAGGCAACAGUAACCGUGACAACAAAAGGACGCAAGGACGAUCUACCCGUCAAGAGCGGUGACAUCAUCAGCAUAAUCCGAACCACCAACUGCCCUAAAGGGAAAUGGCUGGCCAGGGACAGCAGCAACACCUAUGGGUAUAUUGCAGUGGAUCAUGUGGAGCUGGACAUCAAAGAGAUGUUGGAGCUGGGGAAGAAGGCUGCCAUCACCCGCAAUACCAGCACCAACGUCCAGGAGGGAGAGGUCACCAGCACGGGGAGUAGGGCCUCAAAUCGCUAUCCAUUAUCAGCAGGAAGCUUCUCAGAUGACAGUGAAGAGUGGACCGGUGAUGAGGAUGAAAAUCUCUCCCCUGUUCAUGAACCUGCAGAUCCAUUUGCUCCAGUGGGCCACACCAGGACACUCUCCAUGCCAGACAUGGGAAACAAGGAUCUGAGUAUAGUCCACCAGCACAGUCACAGUGACAUCAGUGCAGAAGGCUCCCAUAUCCAAGCAAGACAUGAAGCACUUCAGAAGUUAGCCACGUUUUUCCAUUCAGCCAAACCUGUGGAGCCAGCUUCCAGUAACAAUGAACUGGAGACAAGUCGUGUGCUCGUGAAACAAGAAGCAGUGGAGCUGCCUGAUGUCAGUGAAACAGCAGAAUUGAAUUUUGAUCCUGAUUCGCUCAUUUUACCUCCUCCUGACCUGUAUGCUGACUUUACCACUGAGUAAUCAUCAGACACGAAACACAAAGCAGACAGAAGAAUUUGUCCAUGAUGCUUUUCUUCACGCUGUGAUCCGUGUCAGUCACCUAAUGCUGUGACAGUGAUUUCAUCAUCUCGACUAUAUGACUUAAUUUAUCUGACGACCACGUGCAUAGAUCAGUGUGAUGAUUUACAAGAGGAACAGGAAAGGCCACUCGGGCUCUCAGCAGCUGGAAAUCUUCCCAUGCUGUUUCUGUUCUUUUAGGAGCUUGGUGUGAAACCGCUGAGGGACAGUAUGUGUGGCUGCGGCUGCCGAGUGACUCAAAGAUCGAGGAGCUACAAACUGUUGCAGACACACACUCACACACACACAGAGGUUUUCUGGAUACUGUGACACUGGAAGCUCCUUGGUGGAAAAUUACACACUUUUCAUUUUAUUACCAGAAAGCCAAAUCUAUUUUUAUUGUUGAAACAAUGGCAGGAUAAUGGCAAAAGUGGAUUUUUUUUAUGUCAAGACACUGUUAAAUAGAGGUCUGCUGCAGUAAAAAUCAUGUAGAGUAUUCAUCAGUCCUUCCUCCUCCAGGUUGUUCCUCUGAAACAUUAUCCACAGAUUAGGGUCGGAGCUCAGUCCAUAAACACAACACGUUACCAUUGUCUGAAUACUGAUAUUCAACCCUAUCUGUUUUCAUUUGUUACCUCGACCAAAACAAAGCUUUUAUCAGCAUUAGUUUGUUUUAUGUGAUUAGAUUGAUUGUGAUUAAAAAAUUUAUUUUGCGGAGAGUUGGGACAUGACCCAAAGAAGAACCCAUUUCAUUUUGGGGCAGAUUCAAAUAAAUGGACGGAUCCAGCUUUUCUCUUGGUGAAAUAGGGCGUCAGCCUUGGUGGAGGUAUACACUCUCCGAGUGCCCUCCUGGCUCCAUGGUCCCCCCUUUUCUAUAUGUGCAUCUGCAUUACUCAACAGAAUAACACUGAUUUUAGGACAUUCAAUAUUUAGUUUAAAGAGUGUAUAUUUUUGUGCUUUUUUGUAUAUGGACACAUUUUUCUACUUUGUAAUUUUAUUUAGU